CCGGCGGUGCGCGCCCGCCGCGUGUGGUCGCCGCGCCUCCGCCGCGGCGGUGAGCGGACCUCGGGCGGGGUGGGAGGGCGCCCUGCGGAGUCCCCAGGGCCUCCCGACUCGGUUCUGCAAAGGAUAACCGGGUCUGGGAAGCGGGAGGGCCUCCGCUCCGACGUCGUCCACCAGCAGAUACUCGUUUAUCCGCUCGCAGUUUUGGCUUGAGCGAGCCUUCCUUGAACGUGUGCAAGGACUGGGCACUGAGCAGCUAAUUUCUGCUUCCCAAGAUGGAAGAAGACGCUAACCAGUUCCCUAAGAAGGAGCUUUUGGACAAUGUCCCGAUUGUGGAAGAUGAAAGAGAUGAACUAGAGGCUCCAGAGUUCCAGGUUGAAUUUCUUCCUCCGGCAGCUGAGAAGGGCGCCGACUCGGGAGGCCGCCGCCCGGGGAACAACGAUGCUGACCCAAGUGGGAAGAAAACAGCCGCCCCAGCCAGGUUCCAGGCUUGCGGCCUGCGGAGGACCUUGGGCCGCCUGGAGACGCUGCAGGAGGAGAAAGAGCUGCUCGUUCAGAAAACCAGAGGAGAGCUGCGUGCUUGCCGCCAGAGGAUGGAGCUCAUCGCCAAGCAGCAGGCGAGCGUGGCGGCCGAGGUGGCUGCAGGGAGAGAGGCCAACAACACUGCCUCCGUGGGCCGCCUCCAGGCGGUGUCCAGACGCCUGUGCACGGAGCUGGACGACGAGAGAGCCCUGCAGUCCCAGCUCAGAGCCGCGUUGCUGAAGAGCGAGAGCGCCAUGUGGCACAUUGCGAUCCAGAAGGGACAGCUUGAGGACGUCCAAGCGUCUGCCCAAGAGGAGGAAGCGGCUGCCAGGAAGGGCCUCCGGGUGCACGCGGCCGAGCAGCUGCACCGCGAGGAGGAGGCCCUGAAGAAGGCCGAGAGGAACCGGCUGCUGAGGGUCAGGAAGGCCAUGCACCUGCAGAAGGAGCACAGGCUCAGGCACCAGAAGCUGGUGGAAGAUGCCAAGAAGAAUCACAAGAUCGCGGUGAAGUUCCUGAAGGCUUCCCUGGGAAGAAUCCGCGAGCAGGAGAGGGAGAAGGAGAUGGGGUCCCAGGAGCACGUGAAGAGGCGCAUGGACGCCGUGCUGGCUUUGAAGAACAGUAUCAGUGCCAACAGGGAAACACUCCGGAAAUUUCAAGCAUGGGGCCAGGCCAAGGCAGAGCUGGCUGAGCAGAAGGCCCGGGCCCAGAAGGAGAUGAUUCUGGCCCAAGGUGGGGACGCUUUCAGACACCUUUUCCAUCAACGCCAGCGCCAGGAGCUGGAAGCCCAGAACCGCGCCUUCGAGGAGCAGCAGAAGCUCAGAAAGCAGGAGAUCAUAGGUCGGAUUCUGAAAGAAGAGGCUGCGGAAGAAACCAGGAGGAAGAGGCAGUCUUCUCCCACCAGAGCCACGGGCCGGCUGACCCUGAGAGAUGAGACGUGGGGCUACAUCGCGGACGUCUGCGAGGACAGGGGCACGGUGGCCCUUCCCCGCAACCUGCUGCAGGACAGCGGAGCGGUCUCACCCCCCAGAACCUCUCAGUUACUGGAAGCCAUCUCCUAUGAGUGCGUCCAGGGGGACUCGGGGAACAUCACCUGGGAACAUGACACGCUGGCCGAGCCGGAGAUCCCCGGGCUCUGGAAGGAAGACUAUAAGCCGAACCAGGUGCCCAAAGAGGAGGUGGACAGGAAGCCCGUGGGCGGGACAAAGAUGGACAAGGACAUCCUGGCACGCACCAUGGAGCAGCUGCGCAGCAGGGUGACCCACAGGCAGGUGGCAUCCGGGCACGAGUUCAAAGGUCGCCCCUUCAAUAGCAAACCCAAGCUCAUCCACUUCAAGGACUUCGACGUCGGCAAAGUGUACAAGAAGAAGAUCACGCUGAUAAACGCCACCUACGCCAUCAACCACUGCAAGCUGGUGGGCGUGGAGGAGCACCUCAGGGACUUCGUCCACGUCGACUUUGACCCCCCUGGUCCCAUGUCAGCCGGGAUGUCCUGCGAAGUCCUUGUCACCUUCAAGCCCAUGAUAAACAAGGAUCUGGAAGGAAGCGUCUCAUUUCUGGCUCAGACAGGUGGAUUUUCUGUUCCACUGAAGUGUUCCACGAAGAAGUGUAUGCUGUCUCUUGACAAGGAGCUCAUCGACUUUGGCAGCUACGUGGUGGGUGAGACCGCCUCCCGGGUCGUCACGCUGACCAACAUCGGAGGUCUGGGCACCAAGUUCAAGUUUCUUCGGGCAUCAGAGUCCUGUGAGAUGGACAUCUCCCAGUCGGUCGCGAAAACAAGCAGUCUGUUCACAUAUGAAGAUAAAGGUAUUUACGAUAAAAUCACCACCAGCUUUUCUGGGCAAAAGAUUGAGGGCAAUGAGUCCCCUCCCAUAGACAUGACAAGCCAGAAGGAGUCUGGGAAGCUGGACGGCAAGAAGCAAGAGGAGGGGCGCCCUGCAGAAUCAGAGGGAGUGACCAUGAGCACUGUGAUGACCGUACCUCCCAACGAGGAGCAGACGGAGAUCUCUCUGGGAGAGGUGGCAGAGGGGGAGAUUGGCCCCUUCGGCUCCAUCAAAGUGCCGGUCAUCUUCACGCCCAUCAUCCCGGGAGCGGUCUACACCAAGUUCAAGGUCGUGUUUAAGAAUCAGCAGUGUCCCACAUUAUAUUUCAGAGUCACAGGCGUUGCUAUCGACGUGCCCGUGUGGGUGCCAAAGCCCAGCGUAGACUUGAAGAUCUGCACGUACGACCGGCUGUAUCAGGACUCCAUCCUCGUCCACACACGGUCGAAAGCGGCCCUGCGUCUGAAGUUUGAAGUGUGCAAGGAGCUGAGGGGCCACAUGGAGCUCCUGCCGGAGACGGGCUACAUCCAGGCCCAGUCCUCCUACACCGUGCAGCUCAAGUUCCUGCCUCGACACUCCCUCCCAGAAGAUGCAGGGAAGUAUUUCGACAAGGAAAGCAGAGUCCUGGAGGCCCCAAUGACAAUCCGGGUGGCUGACCAGAUCAAGCCGGUGGGGUUUACGGUACACGCGGUGGUCACCACCUCGGACCUGGAGCUCAGCCCCUCGGCAGUGGACUUUGGCCACUGCACCGUGUACGAGGCCGUCAGAACCCAAGUCAGCCUCUGCAACCUCUCCCUCCUGCCCCAGGGUUUUGGGUUCGUCGGGCUCCCCAAGUUUGUGGACGUCCAGCCCAGUGACGGGUUUGGGACAAUCCUGCCGCUGGAAACGCUGCAACUUGACGUGAUCUUCCAGCCCACCAAGGCCAAGGAGUACAACUUCGAGCUCGUCUGCAAGUCGGAGAUCAACCGGUGCUUCAAGCUGUCGUGCCGAGCCGUGGGCGUCCGCCCGCCCCUGGGGCUGUCCCACUACCAGGUCAAGUUUGCAGCCACGUCCCUGUACCACACAUCCGUGGCCACGCUGUACGUCAUCAACUCUCACGUGAGCAUGAGCUCACUGACUCACUCCGCUCCCCGAGUCGGCUCCGAGGACGUCUCUCCCGUGGGGCCCACGACCUUCGAGUUCCUGCCGCCCCCCGACUCGCCCAUCACCGUCUCGCCCUUGGUGGGGACCGUGCUGCCAGGAAAGAGGUGCCUGGUCCAGGUGGCCUUCCGGCCCGUGCUCCCCACCAAGCUGAUCCUCCAGGAAGCCCUCCAGACCCUGACCAAAGAAGCGGAGGUCAAGUCGCCCUGCAGAGACACGGUCACCCAGAAGAAGGACCUAAGGAGACAGUCCUUCUCCACGCUGCGGCUGCAGGGCCGGGACCACCCGCCCCGGGCCUCCACCACCCAGGCUGCCAAGCUGCAGAAACUGGACCUCAAGCCCAGUUCGGACGAGUACCAGGCUGCCCAGGCCACCCUGGCCAGAUCUUUCCAGGGGAGGUUUGACAAGUUUGUGGUUCCCUGUGUCGUUGCCAGUGGUGACACUGAAGACAGGAAGGGGACGGAACCCCUGAGCUUCAGUCCCCACAAUACCCUGUACCUGGAGCUGUGGUGUCCAGCCGUGGCACCGUCUCUCGUGGUGACCUCCGACAGAGGCAAAACCAUCUUCAACUUCGGUGACAUCGCUGUAGGACACUGUGGCAUAAAAAAGGUCUCCAUCCAGAACAUCUCCCCCGAGGACCUCACCGUGGAGUUCUCCGUGCUGAACCCCAGUGGCCCCUUCAUCCUGCUGACCCCCAUCAGCAAGCUGCCUGCAGGCGAGACCCAGGUCCUGACACUGUCCUUCUCUCCCCGGGAGAGCAUCUUGGCCCGAGAAACACUGGACAUCAUCACCAAGAGAGACACGCUGUCUCUGACCCUCAUGGGUACUGGCGUGGCAUCCACGAUCACGUGCUCCAUUGAAGGGGACGUCCUCGACAUGGGUUACGUGAUUGCCGGAGAGUCUGUGUCCUCAAGCUUCAAGCUGCAGAACAGCUCGGCGCUGCCCAUCAGGUUCUCCAUGCAGCUGGACAGCCUCUCCAGCUCCAGGAGGGGCAAAAGCCAGCAGCGGCUACCGCAGUUCCUCGCCUUUCCGGCCCAGAGGACUGAAGUCGUGGGCACCCAAAACCACAGCGGCCAGAGCGUGUUCAGCGUGAUCCCCGUCGAGGGCGUCAUAGACCCCGGCAAGACGCAGGACUUCACCGUGACCUUUAGCCCGGACCACGAGAGCCGUUACUUCUCGGACAGGCUGCAGGUGGUGCUCUUCGGAAAGAAACUCUCCCACCAGAUUCUUCUGAAGGGCGCGGCCCGUGAGCACAUGAUGUUCGUAGAGGGUGGAGACCCCCUGGACGUGCCUGUGGAGUCCCUGACCGUGAUCCCCACCUACGACCCUGAGCACAGAGAAGGCCCCGGGUGGCACAGCCCCCCACACACUGGCCCCCAGCCGGGUCCUCUGUCUCCAGAAGCCGAGGAGCUGAAGCCCAUCCUGGUGACCCUGGAUUACGUCCAGCUGGACACAGAUAUGCCAGCCCCUCCUGCCACCCGAGAGCUGCAGGUGGGCUGCAUCCGGACCACCCAGCUGUCUCCAAAGAAGACCGUCGAGUUCAGCCUGGACGGCGCCGCAUCUCUGCAGCACAAGGGCUUCACCAUUGAGCCCUCCAGAGGCUUCGUGGAGCGUGGCCAGACCAAGACCAUCAGCAUCUCCUGGCUGCCACCUGCAGACUUUGACCUGGAUCAUCCACUCGUGGUGUCAGCCCUGCUGCAGCUCAAGGGGGAUGUGAAGGAGACUUACAAGGUCUUCUUUGUAGCCCAGGUGGUGAGCGGCCCCUGAGGCCACAGGAGUCUCUCCACACACCUCCUGCUCUCUCUUGAAGCCCUCCUGUGGUCCGCAAACCAGGCCAAGCCACCCACAGACCUGAGACCUGGGCAUCCCCUGCUGGGCAAACUCAAACGUGCAGCCCUCUUCAUGGCCCUAUGGCCGGGGCACCCCAGCCCUGCAGGCAUGGCUGCCUCCUGCUGACCUGGACCCAGCAAGUCUAGAGGCCAAGAGCACCCCUCCCUGGCCCCACUGAGAACAAGGCAACAAGGCCAGUCCUACCCACACGUACUCUUACCCUGAGCCCCUCAGAGCCCCCAGCCCCACCAGUACCCUCCUGCCCAGCCUUUAGAAGCCCUGGUGCGGGGAAGAGCUGCCCCCACAAGUCUGCCAAUAAACCUUCUGAGCUGCUUCGUACAG